UGCAAUCGUAGUUCUUACAGUGGCAAAAACGCUCAAUUAUUUCGAUUUGCAAACAUAUUGUCGAAUAGAUCAUAGCUGUCUACAAGCAAUAUUCUUUUGUUUCAAUUACAGCAAUUACUGAAUGUUGUUUUAUCGUGAACCUAAUUUUUCUUAACAAAGUAAAUUAAUUUAUUAUCCUUUUGAAAAAGUUAUAAUGGAUCAGUGGGUGUUAAAAAAAUUAAUGGAGUGGGAUUUAAAAAAAUGGGAAAUUACAUUUAAGGAUGAAGAGGUUACGGAAGAAUCUUUCAAGUGCUUGACUCAAAGUAUGAUUGAAAAGCUUAUACCAAAAACCGGUCCGCAAGCAGUAUUUUUGAAACGUUGGAAUUCUGAGUUUGGAAUCUCAAAUAAUCCUGGACCAAGUAGUGUUGAUUUUAGUUUAAGCCAAGAAGGGAUUGAUGAGAAAAUGAAGCCUAAAGUUGUGACUAUUGAAACAUGUGAUCCUAUUAGUAACCUUGAAGAUACUCUUAGGAGGUCUGUACUUGGAAUAGUUGUUUUGAAUCAUUACCGACGACACAAGUCAUUGUCUGCAGCAACACGACCACUGUUAGCUGAUGCCAUUUUGCAUGUUGAAAUGCGAACUGAUACUUCUAUGUUGGUUCGAACUCAACGUUUUGGAGACUUACGACAGAUAAUAGUCAGAACAUUUCCCAGUGAAUAUCCAGACGAUUGGUAUGUGUCAUCGUAUACUGAUAAAGAAGGAGGCAGACAAGUGCCUUGUUCAGGUUUAUUGGUUAGAAAAUAUUAUAUUAUACGUCGUUUAUUACUAAAUUCUGGUACAGUAUACAGUGCUAAAGGGAAAAAACGAACUAGUUCUGAAACAAUAUAGAUUUUUUGUAAAAUUGAGUCAAUAAACUAUACACUGUAUACACUCGAGAUGGUAAUACAGCUAGCAAAUAGUUAGGUCUCACAAUAUGCAUAAACUAUAUACAACAUGUAUAGUUCCGCAGAAGAUAAAUAUACAAGGCUCUUUUAGAUAUGACGCAGAAACUUGAAAGUACAAUAAAAAAAAAUUCAACCAGUGUAUUUAAUAAAACUAACUAUUUAAAAUUGUUUUUCCCAAUAGUUGAGACUUAAUUACAUUCGUCAAAAAUAUGUUUUCUUCUUGUCUUUCUGGUAUCACCUCUUAAUUAAUAUAUAUUCACAAUUAGUGACAAUU